UCCCAUUUCACUUUCCUUCUCUUUUUUCACACAUGGCCUUUCUGUCUUUUAUUAUCAUCAUCUCUAUUUCCUUGCUGUGUUUGGUUGGUGAGCCCCCACAGUGUUUUUCUAAACCUCUAGACUAAUAACCUAUCGCUCUAUUUCCUCUCUUUUCUCUCACUCAUUCACUCACUUUCACAUCAAAAAGUCACAAAAAACAGCUUUCAUUUUUACACAAAAAUAGUCCUUUUUUUUCUCUUCCAUUACAAAACAUUAACUAGGAUUUGACUUCUAAUGUCUGUCUCAGUCAUUGUCCUCUAAAUUUUUCUUAGCCACAAGGAGUGAUGAUUUUCUUGAAGAUUAUUGGUGUUUACACUAAGAAGCUUUCUUGUUUUGUUGGUUGAGAUUCAAAGUUUGAAGCUUUGGUGUUGUUUGUGUUUUUUCAGUUCAAGUAAAUUUGUGACAGCUGUUGAAAUUCCUCAAAUAAAGACAUGCUUUUUAAGGUAAUAAUUGUCUUUGUUUGUCUUGUCUCUUGGUGAAUAUCAUUUGAAAUCCAAAAGGGUCAUGGAUCUACCUCAUAGAAUCUCAAAUUGAUGUUAGGUUUAUUGUUUGCAAGGUUUGUUUGUUGAGAGAGAGAAAGAGAGAGAGAGAGAGAGAGAGAGGGGAGAAUGAAAUGCAUAGAAGGGUAGAAAUAGAAGAAGAUUGCCAAGUUUUGAGUGAGUUUUUACCACUUUGGCCUUGUUGCUUUUUGCAAGGAUUCUUGAGAGGAAAGAUUUUCAUUUUGCAACGGUUGAAAUCUUCAAAGCUGCUUUAAUAAUACUAAAACCCCAAGUGAAUAUUUUUCUUUAACAAAGCCAAACGUGCCUCCAAGUUUCAAUUUUUAAAGAGACCCUUUUGAAGAAUUUCAUUGCAUUUCCUUCUGUUGCAAUUUGUGGUAUGAUAUAUAGCAUUGGAGUUAUAUAUCCUUGAGCUGAAUUGUCAAAAUGGUCCAAGUGUGUCUAUCCAUGAAGGUUCCUUUUCCAAGUAUAGUGAUGCUUGUUUUGCUUCUUUGCUUUGUAUCACUUUCUCAUGUUAGAGCUCAAUCUUCUUCAAAUAGUGAAGCAAAAGCUUUAGAUGUUGUUCUCCAACAAUAUGCUUACAAGUCUUUGGUGAAUCCAAAAACAGGUACUAUUUACAAUGCAACUCAACUUCCUUCAAAUUUAUCUGGAGUUAAGGUUUCAGCAUUAAGAUUAAGGAGUGGAAGUUUAAGGAGAAAAGGCUUUCACAUGUUCAAUGAAUUUGAUAUUCCAAAUGGACUAAUUGUGAAACCUUAUGUUGAAAGAUUGGUUUUUGUGUAUCAAAAUCUAGGUAAUUGGUCCAACAAGUAUUACCCUUUGCCUAAUUACACUUACUUGACACCAGUUUUAGGACUAUUAGCUUACGACGCCUUAAAUUUGUCGGCUACAAAUUUACCAGAACUCGAAAUAAAUCCUUCUGGCGACCCUAUAUCGGUCAAGUUCCAAGAUGUUAAAUCACCUCCUCAUGGAAGUGUUGCAAAAUGUGUUUGGUUUGAUUUGAAGGGUGAUUCCAAUUUCAGCAAUGUAAAAGGUGGUAACACUUGUUCUACUUCACAACAAGGUCAUUUCUCUAUAGUUGUUGUUAAGUCUAGUGUUCCUCUAGGGCCGAAAGAUCGAGGAGAGGGUGAGAAGAAGAGUAAUAAAAAGGUGUGGAUUAUUGUUGGUUCUGUUGUUGGGGGACUAGUUUUGUUGGUGUUGUUUUCAUUUCUAGCUUUGUGUAUAAACAAUUACAAACAGAAGAAGAAAAUGCAAGGAAUGGAAAGAGCUGCAGAUUCAGGAGAAACUCUUCAAAUGGCUUCUGUUGGAGAUACUAAAGCACCUGCUGCAACGGUUACAAGAACACAACCGACGCUUGAACAUGAAUACGCACCUUGACAUUAUACUUUUCGAACAAUCUUUAGUUGCUGGUUCAUUCAUAUUCAAGUUAAUUUACUGCAAUCAGAAAUUCUUCUAAUCACCCUUUUAGAUUUUGAUUGUCUGCGGUCACAAUCUUACGCAUUCUCGUAGUCAUCUCACCGGAGGACGUUGGAUCGAGAUCAGGUAGUGCAUAAAGCAAGCGGAUUCUAUUUGUUCUUAGACUCGAAACACCAAGCUUAAAAUCUACAACGUCAAAUCUUGAUCCAAUGACCACCAAUGUGCUGACUGCGUGAAAUUGUUGACUUGAGGUAAUCGAAAUCCUUUUUCUUUUGGUACAACUUUCUUUCCUUGUUUGGUUUCACAUAGGAAUUUUUGUGUACAUCUGUAAUGCUUUUAGUUUGUUUCAUGAUUCAUUGUGGUGGUAAUUUAGCAGUCAAAAAAGUGUUGAUAAUGCCAUGAAUUCAGUCAUGCUCCAUUGAAAAUGAAUAAAAACUUCAACAACUACAUGAGAUUA